CAACAACCGUGACAGAUAGACGAUCCCGAUUUUGUUUACACCGGAGGUUAGACAAGACAGGUCGUUGCUAACGUUUUAACGUGGAUACUGGGAAUGAAACAGUGACUUUUGAGAAAUCCAGCUGAUUCGAAAUCUGAGACAGAAAUCAUAACGAUGUAUCAAAGAACGGGCCGACCUGAUCCGGGCUUAAUUUCAACAGCCAACUCUGUCCAAUCAGAGAUUCAGGAUCUAAUGCAGAGUGGGCAGUACUACUGCACCAACGAGUUGGCCAACGAACUGACGCGGAUCAACAAUGCCGUGGACCAUCUCAAACUGGACGGAAACAUCAUGUCUACCUCCGACAGCUUCAAGCGCUUCUACGACCCUAGAAACAGCGUACCCGAGGGUGUCAACCCAUCCAGUAACUUGGCCAAUGCCGCGGGGUUCAUCAGGGACCUGAAAUCUAAACUGCAUGUGAACUCACUGAGAGAUAAACAGGAGAACCAGGUCCGUGAGCUUCACCAGUGGGGUGUGAACAAUCUGAGGGGGAUACAGCAGGCCUUGGACACCUCUACAUACAAUGCCGCCGACCGUAUCAGACAGUUCGGGGAUUUUGUGGGGGUGACGGACAGAUACACUGGGUACCGUCACAACCUGACCCGGGGGUCACGAGAGCCGGUCAGGAUGGAGCCCAAGUGGGCGGACAGAACCCGCCAGACUGAGUACAUAAACACCCUCAACUCGACCCGCCCCUGGACAGCCUUUCAGACGAGGUCCACUCCCCCCUCCUCUGUGUAUUACGGAGAGCCUUCAGAGGCCCUACAGAACAGAGUCAGAUUCGGGUGCACAAUGCCAGCCAAACGCAACAUCAGAGGUUACCAGACCAUUGACAGCUUAUACCCACGCAGCAACACUUUCUACGUCGAACCGAGCGCCACACACAACAGCGGUCUGCAGGCCCUGAAGUCUAUGAACGCAUACAACGCCAGAACAAAGGACGACUCUAACAUUGGCAGAAUGAGCGCCACCAAGGGACCAGUAGCUCUCUCCGUGCAGGAACAGGCCGGGAUCAACACCACCUUCCCCGGCCGUACCGAGUACAUGCACAAGUACCAGACCCCACCUAUGGAUAUCCCCACCAGUGACUUUAACAUUAACCCCAAGCCGAAUUUCCUCUUGCACGGCCGCCCGCUAGGGGAGACAACCUACGAGAGGCACAGCACGGAGUACCAGACCCGCUACGAGUUCCCAGACAGCAACAAAAUUGUGCGCAUGCCCUGGCUACGGAAGUGAUCUCUCUGUGGAUUUUUCAUUUGUUGAACUUUUUUUCUCGAGUCUUUAAGCAAGUUUUCGAUGUGCCGAGAUAUUUAUUUUUUAAUAAAUUGAUAGCAUAAUGUAGAUUUAGUAAGACUAUUCUGAAGAAUUGGUUGGCUUUGUAAAGAUGACUCUAUUUUGUAACCAGAUAACUUGUGUUGUGUCCAAUCAUUGCCUACACUGAACCUCUGUAACUCACUCUGCUGUCCAUCAUACUGAAUUUAUCAGGGUUUAGCCCAAAACAAAACUAACAGAAAUAAAACAUGUUAAGUUUAA